AGCCCUGCGCGGAGCAUGGCACGGCCGGCGGGCGGGCUGCGGCGCCCAGGGCCGCGGAGCCCGGGGCCGCGGCCGCGGCUGGGAGCGCUGCUGCUCCUGCUGCUGGCCGGCGGGGCGGCGGCGGCAGUGGAGCCGUGCCAGGCGCCGCGGCAGUGGGAAGGACGCACCGUGUUCUACGAGCACGGCACGGGCCGCAACACCCGGGCGGUCGUCUCCUACGACGGCCCCAACCAGCGCGUCCGCAUCCUGGAGGAGAGGAAGGCCCUCAUCCCCUGCAAGAAGUUCUUUGAGUACAUUUUGCUCUACAAAGAUGCAGUGAUGUUUCAGAUUGAGCAAGUCACAAAGCUCUGCUCCAAGAUUGCUCUGACAGAGCCGUGGGAUCCCUACGAUAUUCCUGCCAAUUCAACUUACGAAGAUCAAUACUACAUUGGGGGACCUGGAGAUCAAAUUAUGGUACAGGAAUGGUCUGACAGAAAACCAGCCAGGAAAUUGGAGUCCUGGGUCGGUGUUUACACAGUCAAAGACUGUUACCCAGUGCAGGAAACCUACAGCAAGAACUACAGCGUGACCACCUCCACUCGCUUCUUCGACCUGCAGCUGGGCAUUGCCGACCCCUCGGUCUUCACCCCACCCACCACCUGCCAGACAGCCCAGCUGGGCAGGAUGGAAGCUGACUGCUGAUUAUGGACACUGCUUGCCCCAGGGAAACAAAUAUUAGCCAGGAGUGUGGGUUUUAAUUGUCAGCUGCUGACAUCUAAUCCAAUCUUUCAAGCUUGUUGUUGGUCUUUUGGGAAUUGUUAAGUUUUCACUUGGGAGAGAAUAUAAACAUUUCACUGAGUAAAAUAUGGAACACAAAAGAGCUCUUCCAUCACAUCAACCUGUCCAGUGGUGCACUUGCAGCAUUAUGUAGUUACCACUAAGAUAGCCUUUCCAGAUGCUAUUUAUUUAAGUUGUGAUCUUCCUUUUGCAAAGGCUUCACCAUUUAUUCUUUUCAAGAAGGCAAAGCAGGAGCAGGCUGCAGUAAAGGCAACAUCUAGAAGGAAAAGCUUGAUGAUGUUGGUGUUACUUCUGGGGACUCAAGGGAAGAGGAGGUAUGUCCUGGGUAAAGCCUCAUCCCUGACUCCAAAAGAGCCCAUUUUAAACAGUGUCUAUCAGAGGUAUGAAAAUUCCUUCUGGUGGGUUUGGUUUGCUUUGUGUGUUUUAGUUUCUGCCCUUCAGAAAGCUGGCAGGGUAAUGUCUGAGCUGAUGGGUUUUUUAUGCCUGAAAAGAAAGUGGAGUAGCUCUCUUCAUGGAAUGCUAGCUGACAUGCUGAAGUAUUCUUCUGUUCCUGGGGAGAGGGGCAUGAAAGGAAGGGAAGGGGGGAGAGGUACACCCCUCCCACCCCCCAAAAAAAACAAGCCAAAGUUUCCUUGCAUCUGCAGCCCUUUUGGUGAAGUGUUGCAGUAGGCUGUGAUGAGACAUUUUUCAGUCAUAUUUGACUUUAGCACCUGCUUUCAAAGGCAAUACUAGCUUUAAGCUAUGCACAGAGACUAAGCUUUAAUGUUUUAUAGCUGCUUUCUGAAGCCCUUACUCAGAAGUAUGGAAACAUCUUUAGAACCCCAAGUAGAGGUGAAAAAAAAAAGCUGAGUAAAGGCCAAAUGAGCUCUCACACAGUGCCUGGUGACCCAGUGACAGAAAGAGAGCUGUGUGACUGCGGCAGGGAGGUGCCAGGAGCAAUGGGAGAAGGAGUCUCAGAUGUCCUCUGUGCAAUGUGGCUGGAAGGCAGCACAAUCCAAGCAGAAAUCCCAGUCUUGCUUUCUUUGCACCCACUCCACCAAUGCUUGCCUUAUUUGCUGUUCCAUCAGCAUCUCAAACCUUUAUUAUCUUCACAUCCUUUCCUGGGACAGGCUGUCCAGAGAGGUUGCAGAGUCCCAAUCUCUGGAGACAUUCAAAACCUGCCUGGACACAAUCCUGCUCUAGGCAAACCUGCUUUAGCAGGGAAGGUUUGGACUAAAUGAUCCCCAGAGUCUCUCCAACUCCUACCAUUCUGUGAUUGUGUGGUGGACAGAGUGAAAGUUUCCUUAAAGGGGAAAGAAACAACUAACCAAAAAAGAGUGGCAAGUACAUGCAUUUUGCAUUAGGACAUGGAGCUAAUGGAGCAGGUCCAGAGGAGGGCUAGGAAGAUGAUAAAGGGGCUGGAACACCUCUGCUAUGAGGACAGGCUGAGGGAGAUGGGGAUGAUCAGCCUGCAGAAGGGAAGGCUUCAGGGACACCUAAUAGCAGGCUGCCAGUACCUGAAGGGGGCCUGCAAGAAGGCUGCAGAGGGACUGUUUGCACAGGUCUGUAAGAACAGGACAAGGGAACAUGGUUUGAAAUCAGAGAAGAGUAUAUUUAGGUUGGAUAUUAGGAACAACUUCUUUCCAUAAGGGUGGUGGAACACUGGAACAGGUUGCCCAGUGAGGUGGUUGAGGCCCUUUCACUGGAGAUAUUCAAGGUGAGGCUCAACAAGGCUCUGAGCAACAUGAUCUAGUGGAGGAUGUCUCUGCUGACUGCAGGACUAUUGGACUAGAUGACCUCUGGAGAUCCCUUCCAACUCCAAACCAUGCUAUGAUUCAUGCCCUUUCAGGGUCUGAGAGGUACAGAAUGCUGAUGGGUCUUGCACUUUCACCAAGUGAAAUCACAGACUCAGCCAGGGUUGGAAGGGACCACAAGGAUCAGCCAGUUCCAACCCCCUGCCAUGGGCAGGGACACCCUACCCUAGAGCAGCCUGGCCUUAAACACCUCCAGGGAUGGGGCCUCAAGCACCUCCCUGGGCAACCCAUUGCAGGCUCUCACCACUCUCACGCUGAACAACUUCCUCCUCACAUCCAGUCAGAAUCUCCCCACCUCCAGCUUUGCUCCAUGAAACAGCAAAACCAAGUGGCUGCUUCUCUGAGUCUAGAGAUGCAUUUUAUUUACUGCUUGCAGGUAUGGUUAAAGCCAGGGUCUUGCCUCCUGACAUGUGUGGGGCAGUUGUCCGCUGCAGAAGCUGUCUGGCCAAAAGCAGUGCAGCACUGGGAAGGUUGGUGUCUCUGGAGGAGAGCUGUUGGGCAGGCAUUUAAUGCUUUGAAUGCUCAUAGCUUUUGGCAUGCAAGGAAGUGGUGCAGUGCUUGUUUUGCUUUCACAGUCGUGGGCAGAAGGGCAUUUUGCUUUGCCUUGGCCCUGAUGGAAGCAUGUACAGAUACCUGCUGAAGUGGAGGCAGCUCAUCCAGAAUUUUCACUCAGGCACUGAAACAUGGCUGUGGAAGCAGGAUUUGGGUUUCCUUGGACUUACAGUGCAUUUAGUCUGCCACUUUUGUGGGGCUGUUUUUGGUGACAACUGAAAUGCUAACUGCAUGAGGUUCUCAUUAAGGUGACAUCAACCUGAGUUUGUUAAUCUGUGUCUCAUUAGAGUGUGGCAGAUGUAAUUAAUAUGCCUGGCAAGCAUGAAGCUGUGGCACUGUACCACUGGGGGAUGACUUGUGGCAGAGCAGACAGCUGAGUGAGCAGGGUGCUUGUCUUCUGUUUUGCUGCCAGGGAGAUCAUUUCUAGCAAUUUUGAAUAAGGAUUCACAAGUCUGCUGCAGGGAAGUGCUUCAGCAGUGCUGUAGUGACAUACAGAGCCUUUUUGUAGGGUGAAACGUGGACCUCUACGAGAAGGCUGCCAUCGUCGUGUUUGUGCUCUGCCAAUGCAAUAAAGAGAGUCCCCAAAGAGCUGGUGGACACCA